UAGUAAUAAGAUUUUUAAUAAACUAUGAAAACGCGUGAUUUGCAAAUAGUAUAAUAUACUCUGCUUUACGCCAAUGUUUUAAAAAUUAUCAUUCCAUUUUAAUUAACCUCGAUAUAUUCAUUUAUUUUAUUUUUUUUUUUUUUAUCAGAUUCGAUUACAGAUGCAACUGUUUCGGCCAAUUAUAAAAAUACGCGAAGUAGGGACAUCGGAUAAUGAGACAAUAUUUUUUUUUCUGCCAUCUUUUUAUGGAUGAAUAUCUAUAUAUAAGGACGUUAACGGGUCGAUUAUAAGCUCAGAUGUGUAGUUUAUAAAUGAACGUUGUAGCGUGACGACCACGUAGAACGAUAUGGAGUCGUGUAUGGCGGCAACCUGCGCCUCGGGGCAAUCGACGCCAGCUUCCACUUUUACCAUGUUGAUACAAACGAUAAUGGCAUCCUACUGUGCAUUAAAUAUGGAUAAAUAUCCCACGAAUCGAGCCGAAGAGAUCUUCGCUUCGAAGAGGAAGGAAUUCGAUUUUAUAAUUGUCGGUGCUGGAUCGGCAGGAUCUAUUCUGGCCAGCAGGUUAACGGAGGUAGAGGAUUGGGAUGUACUGUUAAUCGAAAGAGGGGAGGAUCCUUUACCGGAAACCUCUUCGCCUGCUCUUUUCUUCAAUAACAUAGAUGGACCGCAAAGUUAUCAUUACUUGACCGAGUACCAAAACACUUCCUGCCUGGGCAGCGUGCAGCAACGGUGCAAAUGGACGAGGGGCAAGGCUCUUGGCGGGAGUUCGGUCACGAACGGCUUGCUCUACGUGAUGGGGAACGAGAAGGACUACAACGAUUGGGAAGAAUUGGGCAACGACGGAUGGAACUUCGCGAGCGUGCUCCCCUACUUCACCAAGUCGACCAAUUGCUCGCCCUCGUACGUAUCGAAACACGGUACCAAGUAUUGCGGGGACGACGGCCCCAUGAGAAUCAGGCACUUCGAGAUCGCCUCGUUGGACGUGGAAAAAGUCCUGAUGGAGGGGUUGCGCGAGGCGGGCCACGACAUCCUCGAGGAAGUGAACGGCGAUCGUUUCUUAGGGUUCGGGAGGGUGAUGGGCACCGUGUACGACGGCCGGCGUGAAAACGCCGCGAUGACGUUUCUCUCCUCCGCGAGGGAGAGGAAGAAUCUACGCGUGAUGAAGUCGAGCGCGGUGGAGAGCGUAUUGUUCGAAGGGGGGCGAGCGAUCGGCGUCCGGGUGAGGUCGGAGCAGGAUCGAGGCCUGGUCGCGGAGGUGAGGGCGAGGAAGGAGGUGAUCCUUUCUGCGGGGAGCGUCGCCACUCCCCAGCUGUUGAUGCUUUCGGGAAUCGGGCCCAGGGAACACCUAGAGAAGAUGGGCAUACCGGUCGUGGCCGAUCGACCGGUUGGCGCGAAUCUUCAGGACCACGUGAUAUGGGCGGGAAUGUACAUAUCUUACGUGAACGAGUCGCUCUCGUCCUCUCCCUCCCCAAACCUAUUCAACUCGGCUUACGAGUACAUGGUGGAGAAUAGGGGCCCGUUGCGCGUGUACAGGAACGAUCUUCUCGGCACGGUGAACGUGAACGAUCCGGAUUCCGAGUACCCGGACGUUCAAUUUUUGUUCAUCCCGUUCGAACGUGGCGAGAGGGUCCAGCUGUCGGUUUUCCUGGACCGGAUCGGUUUGAGCGGAGAGAUGGUUGGAAAGCUGGAGGAGCAGAUCGAGAGGAUGAGCGUGAUCGUCGUUUUCUCCGUCUUGCUGAAACCGAGGAGUCGAGGGGUGGUCGAGUUGCGCAGCACAGAUCCGACCGAUCCCGUGAAGAUAUACACGAAUUACUUGGUCGAGGUGGAGGAUACGAGGACGUUGGUGAAAAGUGUGGACAAGAUCAAGGCGAUUUUGGAUACCGACGCGUUGAGAAGCCGUGGGAUGCGGCUCGGUCGUUUCGACGUUCCCGGAUGUCGACAUUUCGAGCCGGACACGGACCAAUAUUGGGAAUGCAGCGUGAGACACGUGUCCGUCUCGUAUCAGCACUCGUGUGGGACGAGCAGGAUGGGGCCGGGCGACGACACCAGAGCCGUGGUCGAUCCGAGGCUGAGGGUGCACGGAGUCGAUGGUUUGCGGGUGAUCGAUGGAUCCAUCAUUCCGGAAAUCCCUGCCGCCAAUCCUAAUGCGGCGGUCAUGAUGAUCGCGGAGAAGGGGGCGGAUAUAGUUAAACGGGAUUGGGGCGUUGAUUGAACUUUGUUGGAGAUAAAUAAGUAAAAAUUGGAGGAUUGGUGUAGUGGUUAUGGAUAUGGAGAUUGAAAUUCGCCGGAAUCGAUUAAAAUAUUUGGCAAUUGGUAAUUUUCGUUUUGUUUAUUUAUUCGGUGUCCUUUCGUAAUAAUAAUAGGAUUUUUUAAAAAAUUUAAAUUUCACGUUAUGAACUUUUUAGGAAUUUUUAAUCGAAAUUAGUGACAAGUUUUAAAAUUCUGAAAUAUGCAUUACCAUAUUAACGUUUUGAGAUACUUUUUUCCUAGAACUUAUGGCUGUAUAUUUUUCAUGAUUAUAAUAAACGAGAGAGAAAAUACGAAAA